AUGUCCUUAGUUCCGUCUUCGUCGAACACGGGCAUGGUGGACCUCACCAUGAAUGUUGUAGAGCGCCCGCCAGGUGGCUUCUCUGCUGGCGGUGGGCUGUCCGGCAGCAGGUGGGGGGGGAGAGGGGAGGGGAGCAAGAGGCAAGUGGAGCGGUUAGGGGAUAGCAGUGGGUGGGUUGGGGAGAGGGCAAAGGGUGGGGGGAGGAUAGAGGAGUGGGUUGGGGGGAGGAUAAGAAGGGCAGAGGGUGGUGGGGGGGCAGCGGGUGGGGUGGAGGGCAGUGGCGGGAAGGGGCGCGCAGCGGUGCCUGCCUGCAUCCAUCCGUUCCUCUCCUCUCUUCCUCCCGUGCUCGCCGCAGCCUUUCCGGAGGAGCUCUCUCUGGCCUCAUUGGCAGGCACCUCUUCCCUGCACAUCGCUUGCUUCAAUCCAUUCCUCGCACCGCCCUCCUCUCCACCACUUGGCUCAGCACUCAUCUCCGUGCAUGCAUCAGCACUCAUCUCCGUGCAUGCAUCAGCACUCAUCUCCGUGCAUGCAUCAGCACUCAUCUCCGUGCAUGCAUCAGCACUCACCUCCGUGCAUGCAUCAGCACUCAUCUCCGUGCAUGCAUCAGCACUCAUCUCCGUGCAUGCAUCAGCACUCAUCUCUGUGCAUGCAUCAGCACUCAUCUCCGUGCAUGCAUCAGCACUCAUCUCCGUGCAUGCAUCAGCACUCAUCUCCGUGCAUGCAUCAGCACUCAUCUCCGUGCAUGCAUCAGCACUCAUCUCCGUGCAUGCAUCAGCACUCAUCUCCGUGCAUGCAUCAGCACUCAUCUCCGUGCAUGCAUCAGCACUCAUCUCCGUGCAUGCAUCAGCACUCAUCUCCGUGCAUGCAUCAGCACUCAUCUCCGUGCAUGCAUCAGCACUCAUCUCCAUGCAUGCAUCAGCACUCAUCUCCGUGCAUGCAUCAGCACUCAUCUCCGUGCAUGCAUCAGCACUCAUCUCCGUGCAUGCAUCAGCACUCAUCUCCGUGCAUGCAUCAGCACUCAUCUCCGUGCAUGCAUCAGCACUCAUCUCCGUGCAUGCAUCAGCACUCACCUCCGUGCAUGCAUCAGCACUCAUCUCCGUGCAUGCAUCAGCACUCAUCUCCGUGCAUGCAUCAGCACUCAUCUCCGUGCAUGCAUCAGCACUCAUCUCCGUGCAUGCAUCAGCACUCAUCUCCGUGCAUGCAUCAGCACUCAUCUCCGUGCAUGCAUCAGCACUCAUCUCCGUGCAUGCAUCAGCACUCAUCUCCGUGCAUGCAUCAGCACUCAUCUCCGUGCAUGCAUCAGCACUCAUCUCCGUGCAUGCAUCAGCAAGACACUCAAGUCACAUGGGAUCCUUGCUCCUUCCUGCUCUCUGUCCCUCUCUCCAAUCUCCGUGUGGCUUAUACUUGCAACUCACACCCCCCCUCCUUCCCCGUCCUUCACUCCAGCUUCUCCUACUCGCACCACAAGGUGAGGGGGCGCAACCAGAAGCUCAACGUGGCGGUGGAGCCACUCAGAGACUGCCUGCCUGCCCUCACAUUAUCCCAUUACCCCCUUCACCCCUCUUCACCCCCAUUCACACCCUACUGUCCAGCUUCACGUACUCACACCGCAACGUGAGGGGGCGCAACCAGAAGCUGAACGUGGCGGUGGAGCGAGGCCAGCUGGACUCCAUCUUCCGCGCCUCGUACAGCGACCCGUGGAUCGAGGGCGAUGACAAGCGCACGUCACGGGCCAUCAACAUUCAGAACUCGCGCACGCCAGACAUGAUGGUGCACGGGGUGCGGCGGGACGGCAGUGCGGGCGGCCCGUGGGCAGGGGGGGUGACCAUCGCACGGGUGGUGGCCUCGGUGGACUACAGCCGCCCCAUCCGCCCCCGCUGGACCGCUACAGCCGGGCUCAACCUGCAGAGAGCAGGGGCGAGGGACGACCACGGCCACCCCAAGCUGGUUGAUGCCUAUGGCAGUCCGCUCACCUUCAGUGGGCGGGCAUCAGACGACAUGCUGAUAGCCAAGCUUGAGACGGUUUACACCGACUCAGGAGAUAAUGCCUCCUCACAGGUACGCCUCCUCACAGGCCCCUUUGCUUACCUGUCCUCCUCAACACUUCAACUCCCCAUCCCAUAUCUCUGCACAUUCUCCCCACCCAUUCUCCUCCGUCAACCCAUCACUCCCCCCCACACCCGCUCUCGCGCUUCCUUUGAGCCUCCCUCCGCCCUCCCCCCACUAAGGUGGCACCUGCUUGUGUUGAGCAGGGAGCAGGCCACCCCAUCAUCGUCCACUUGCCAAUACCCGAUCUCAACCCAUAAAUCCCCCCAUCCCUUGCCUCCUCAACCCCUCUCCCCCCGUUCCCCAGCUCUUGCUGAGCACGGAGCAGCCCAUCCUCAUCGCCAGCUUGCCUAUACCCCCCUAUCUCCCCCUCCUCCACCCCCCUGUUCCCCCAUCCCGCCCCCCCUCACAGCUUGUGCUGAGCACGGAGCAGCCCAUCCCCACUGCCCACUUGCCCGCAACCACUCUCCGCUGCCCCCUCCCGUCCCUUCUCUCCCAUCCCUUAUCUCCCGUCCCUUGUCUCCUGUCCCUUGUCUCCUGUCCCUUGUCUCCUGUCCCUUGUCUCCUGUCCCUUGUCUCCUGUCCCUUGUCUCCUGUCCCUUGUCUCCUGUCCCUUGUCUCCUGUCCCUUGUCUCCUGUCCCUUGUCUCCUGUCCCUUAUCUCCGUCCCUUGUCUCCUGUCCCUUGUCUCCUGUCCCUUGUCUCCUGUCCCUUGUCUCCUGUCCCUUGUCUCCUGUCCCUUGUCUCCUGUCCCUUGUCUCCUGUCCCUUGUCUCCUGUCCCUUGUCUCCUGUCCCUUGUCUCCUGUCCCUUGUCUCCUGUCCCUUGUCUCCUGUCCCUUGUCUCCUGUCCCUUGUCUCCUGUCCCUUAUCUCCCGUCCCUUGUCUCCUGUCCCUUGUCUCCUGUCCCUUGUCUCCUGUCCCUUGUCUCCUGUCCCUUGUCUCCUGUCCCUUGUCUCCUGUCCCUUGUCUCCUGUCCCUUGUCUCCUGUCCCUUCUCGUGCUGAGCACGGAGCAGGCCAUCCCCAUCGCGCCCGACUGGCUCUUCUUCAACCGCAUCAACGCCCGCGCGCGUAACGGCUUCCGCAUCGCCCAUGCUCGCCUCAUCGGCAGCUUCUCAGGCGGCACGGUGGUGGGCGACCUGGCGCCACACGAGGCGUUCCCCAUCGGCGGCACCAACAGCGUGCGCGGAUAUGACGAGGGCGCUGUGGGGUCGGGGCGAUCCUACAUCGUCACCAGCGGGGAGAUCUCCUUCCCCAUGUUUGGCCCACUAGAGGGUGCCUUCUUUGCCGACUAUGGCACCGACCUAGGCUCGGGUGCCACUGUGCUAGGUACGGCGAUGGUACUGCAGGGACAUGUGGCAAGCCUGGGCUUUGGGCUGGACAUUGGGCUGGCACAUAGCGUUUUCUUUAUUUGUGACCCAGCAGGGGCACGGGGCAAGCCAGGGAGGGGCUUUGGGCUGGGCGCGGGGGUGCGGGUGGACUCACCGCUGGGCCCUCUGCGCCUGGAGUAUGCGUUCAAUGACCAGAAGAUCCCUCGCUUCCACUUUGGCAUUGGCUACCGCAACUAG